UUUAUGAAGUGGAAUUAAAAUCCAAUAAGUAGUAGGGGCUAGCACGUGUAGACGUAGUGUAUGAAAUAUGGUUAUUGUUUUCAUGUAAAUAAAUAAUUAAAUAUAUUUUGUGGGUGGAUUCUAAUUGAAUAUUAUGUGGGUAACACUUAAAUAACACACAGGGCCCAUCCCUGUAUAAAUAGUACAUAGAAGAAUUUAUUUUGUGUAUGUUAGUAGAUAUAAUUGAUGGAUUAGCUUACACUAAUUAUUAAUUUUGGUAGGAAAAAUGAUAGGGUUAGAAAUGAAUGUAUGAUUCAAUUAUAUUUUGCGAGUUCACAAAGUGAAAAUAAAAUCCAAUAUAUAAUAGAGGUAAAUGUAGUAUAUAAUUUUUUUCAUAAAAAACUAAACAUUUAAACACAUGGGGCCACUUUUUAUUUUUUUAUUUUUAAUUUCGAAUUAUAUUUUUUUAUUAUGAACAGUACCCGGGGGGCCCACAUGAAUAGCACCCUUUUAUUAUUUUUUAUUAUGAACAGUGCCCCCGGCCCCACAUGAACAGUACAAUUUAUUAUUUUUAAAUGAUGAACAGUACCCCUGGCCCACGUGGGGCCGCGACGCAUGAGCGCGCGCCAAUUCCUGGGCGUUAGUAUAGUACUCAAUACGUGGGCGCCGCCGGAUGGGUGGAUGGAUCGCGUUGGGGAGAGGGGCAUGGUCGUCAAGGGCCGGGCGCCGCAGACACGGAUCCUGGAACACCAGGCGGUGGGGGUGUUCGUGACCCACUGCGGGUGGAACUCCGUCUUGGAGACGGUGAGGGGCCGGCGUGCCGGCGCUGACGUGGCCGAUGGUAUUCUAGCAAUUCAUCAUUGAACGGCUGCUGACCGAGGUCCUGGCGAUCGGGGAGCGCCUGCUCCCUAAGGGUGCGGGGUGCGGAGCACUAGGUACGAAGAGAACGACAUGGUCCCGGCCGAGGUCGUGGCGCGGUCGGUGGCCAAGUUCAUGGAGCCCGGAGGCGGGGUAGACUCGGCGAGGAGACGGGUGAAGGAGCUCUCCGCCCGGGCUCGUGCUGCCGUGGCGGAAGGCGGCUCCUCUCACCGCGAUCUGCAGCGCCUGAUCGACGACCUCGUGCAAGCAAGAACAGAGCAGCACCAGAGUAAUAGCAGCACCCUCCAAAAGACUAUUCCUCACAGCCUCUCCGCUGUGGCUUGAAGUUGAAGCGACUAGCUGGUGCCAUUCUGAAACUUCGAAGGUGGAAGCAUCGAGCAUAGCAAUGUUUUUCUCUUAUAUCAAAUUAGCACUAGGCAGCCAGCAGUAUUUUUCCCAUAAUAAAUUAGCACUAGCUAUCAGUCACAGCCUAACAAAUAUAGUGGAUGUAUCGUAUGGCUACAGUCGGCCAACACGUAAACUUAGAGUUUUUUA